AUGUUCUCCAUGCCAGCCGCCCCGGCCAAGCAGUCGGUGGGCGAGACCAUCUCGGUGCUUAGCGAGCGCCUGGGCUCGUCGACGCUGCUAGAGGACCGGCGGGCCGCGAUCCUGGGCCUCCGCAGCUUCGCCAAGCAAUAUCCGGCAUCGGUGGCCUCGGGCGCGUUGCGCAGCCUGAUUGGCAGCCUCGCCAAGGACGGCGAGGAUGUCGACACUGUCAAGGUCGUGCUUGAAACGCUGCUUAUGCUUUUCAGCCCGAAUCAGGACAGCCCCGAGGCCUCGGACGAGAUAGCCCUCUGGCUGGCUGACGAGUUCACCCAGCGCCAGGAAAACAUCACCCUGCUGCUCGACUUCCUUGAGACCCCGGACUUUUACGCCAGGCUGUACUCGCUGCAGCUGCUGACCGCCAUCCUCUCCGCCCGCACCGAGCGCACAGAGGAGUGCGUCUUCACCGCGCCCCUCGGAAUCCCGCGCCUCGUCGCCAUUCUCGAUGACACCAGGGAGGCCGUGCGCAACGAAGCAAUCACCCUCCUGACCUACCUGACCCCGACGAACCCGGACAUACAGAAGCUGGUGGCUUUCGAAAGCGCUUUUGAGCGGAUUCUAAAGGUGGUUGCGGCAGACGGCGGGCUGGCGUUGGGAACCCGCGUGGUGGAAGACUGCCUGAUCCUCCUGGCAAACCUGCUACGGCUCAACCCAUCCAACCAGACGUUAUUCAGGGAGACCGGCUGCAUACCUCAGUUGACCAAGCUGCUCAGGACGGCAUACGAGGAUGGAAACGACGGCGAACACGAGAUCGCGCCCUGGGCCGAGGAGCAGCGGAAUAGGAACGUGUAUGCGUUGUUGGCUGUUGUCCGGUUGUUCCUGGUUGCCGGGUCGGUGGGCACGCCCCAGAAUCAAGCCGCUCUGUGGCAUCAUGGGCUGCUCUUCCAUGCGCUCCAGCUAGGCUUCAUGCACCAUGCAGACGCUCAGAUCAAGGCAGAGGCCCUCGUCACAUGUGCUGAUAUCAUCAGAGGCAACGCGGCUCUCCAAGAGAACUUUGCCCAGCUGCAGGUCCCCGCCCCGCUCGGCGCGCAACAAUCACCGCAGGCUGAUAAGAAGGCCAACGGCGUUGCCAAUAUUUACGUGAUAGACGGCCUGUUGGACCUGACGCUGAGUGUCCAGUCGCCGCAGGACUUUAACCUCCGUUUUGCAGCGUGCGGCUGCAUAAAGGCAUAUUUUCAUGGCCACGCCGAGGUGCGGCAACACUUCCUCACGAGGGCCAUCGAAGGCCAUCGGUCAGGGGCCGACGAGACUGCCAAUGUUUUGACGACGCUCCUCCGAUCACCGGCCGAUGAGGCACCCUCGGACCCGUACCGAUACUGGUUCGCCGCCGUCAUCAUGCUGCACCUCAUUAUUGACAGCCCCGAGUCUAAAGCGAUGGCAAUGGGAGUCACCGAGGGUGAGGAGGAGAGCGGUGAGGAGGUGGUGACGAGCAUCCAAAUGAUCACGGCGCAUCUCAUCUUGGGUCUGACAAGAGGCGACGAUGAUAGGGUGCUGAUUGGUAGUCUGAUGCUCCUUCUCUGCUGGCUGUUUGAGGACAUUGACGGAGUAAACGACUUUCUUGGAGAGGGAAGCAACAUCCAGGGGCUGAUCAACGCCGUGAUCAAAGCUUCGGCCGACUCGGCGAUAGUACAGGGCCUCUGCGCAAUGCUUUUGGGCGUGGCCUACGAGUUUUCUACCAAGGACUCCCCCAUACCCAGGGCGACGCUGCAGCCGAUUCUCCUGCAACGCAUGGGCCGGGAAAAGUACAUUGAGAAACUUAGCAACCUAAGGAGCCACCCGUUUGUACGAGACUACGAGGUCCUGCCACAGCGGUUCGACCCAUCCUCGGGCCAAAAAUAUCCGGACGUGUUUUUCGACGCGUCAUUCAUCGAGUUCUUCAAGGACAACUAUAGCCGCAUCCUGAGGGCGAUCGACCGGGAGCCGGGCCUGGAGAUUUCGGUGGUGUCCAACGGUGUCCAGAAGGGAAUCUCGCGGGAAUUGGUCGACGGGCUGCGGUCGCAGCUCGAGGAGAGGGAUCGAGAGCUCCAAGAAGCGCGCCUCAAGGUCGCAUCCCUAGAUGGUCAGCUGGGGCAGGAGCAAGCCGAUCACAGGAGGACCAAGGAGUCGCAGGUGGGAGAGCUCGCAAGGCUCAAGACGGUCAACGAAUCCCUGCAGAAGCUGCAUGAAGAGGAGACGGCCAAGCUCAAGAUCCAAAACCAAGCGCGGGAGAACGAGCUGCAGCGGCAGCACCAACUGCGGGAGGACGAACUACGGAGGCAGAUUGAGCAGCUGCAGCGGCAGCAAAAGGCCAGAGAGGACGACCUGGUACGGCAGCACAAGGCGCGUGAGGACGAGCUGCGGCGGCAGCUGGAUCAGGCCAAGAGCGCAUCGGCGGCGGAGGUGGACAAGGUGAAGAAGACGGCGCAGGCGGACGCUGAACGGGUGCAGCGCGAGGCGGAGCAGGUCAAGAAGUCGUCGGCAGCGGAACUGGAGCGGGCCCAGCGGCGGAGUGAAGCGGCGCUCGCGGACCUCAAGGCGACCAUCAGCCGGCUCGAGGUGGACCUGAUGAAGGCCGGCAAGGCCAAGACGGCGGAGCUGCAGUCGCUCCGGGAGGAGCUCGAAAAGAAGGUCACUGCCAAGGCGGCCGAGGUCAUGGAGGCGGAGGGCAAGCUCCACGAGGUUCAGACCAAGGUUGAAGAUCUGGAGAAGAAGAUCAAGGAGAAGGAGAAGCGGGUGGGUGAGGUAGAGGGAUUACUCACAGCCAAGGAGAAGGAGUUGACAAAGAGUGAGGCGCUCGUCAAGAAGACGGAGGAAGAAAGGAAGUCGGCGCAGGGCGAGCUGGACGAUUUACUGAUGGUGUUUGGGGAUUUGGAAGAGAAGAACACCAAGUACAAGGAGCGGUUAAAAGCACUGGGCGAGGCCAUAUCAGAUGCAGAAGACGACGACGACGACGACGACGAUGAGUAA